CUUCGAGAAGGGCCGGAUUUACACCUUUAUCGGGGAGGUGGUGGUUUCCAUGAACCCUUACAAGAACCUGAACAUCUACGGGCGGGACACGAUCGAGCAGUACAAGGGCAGGGAGCUCUACGAGCGGCCUCCCCACCUGUUUGCCAUCGCCGAUGCUGCCUACAAAGCCAUGAAGAGACGAUCCAAAGACACCUGCAUCGUCAUCUCAGGUGAAAGCGGGGCUGGGAAAACUGAGGCCAGUAAAUACAUAAUGCAGUACAUAGCAGCCAUCACCAACCCCGGGCAGAGGGCUGAGGUGGAGAGAGUGAAGAACAUCCUGCUGAAAUCCAACUGUGUGCUGGAGGCCUUUGGCAACGCCAAGACAAACCGCAACGACAACUCCAGCCGCUUUGGGAAGUACAUGGACAUCAACUUCGACUUCAAGGGAGACCCCAUAGGGGGGCACAUCAAUAAUUACCUGCUGGAAAAGUCCCGUGUGAUCGUGCAGCAGCCGGGGGAGCGAAGCUUCCACUCCUUCUACCAGCUCCUGCAGGGAGGUUCUGAGCAGCUCCUGCGUUCUCUGCACCUCCAGAAGGAUGCAUCAGCCUACAGCUACAUCUGCCCUGGGGCACAGCUCAAGUGUUCCAUUAAUGAUGGGGCUGAGUUCAAGGCAGUUGCUGAUGCCAUGAAGGUGAUUGGCUUCAAGCAGGAGGAGAUCCAAACUGUCUACAAAAUCGUGGCAGCCAUUCUGCACCUGGGAAACCUGAAGUUCUACGUGGAUGGAGACACCCCCAUCAUCGAGAACAGCAAGCUGGUGUCAGUGAUUGCUGAGCUCCUGUCCACCAAGGCCGAACUGGUGGAGAAGGCGCUGCUGUUCCGCACGGUGGCCACGGGCAGGGACGUCAUCGACAAACAGCACACGGAGCAGGAGGCCACCUAUGGCAGGGAUGCCUUUGCCAAGGCCAUUUACGAGCGUCUCUUCUGCUGGAUUGUGACACACAUCAACGAUGUCAUCGAGGUGAAGAACUACGACACCACGGUGCAUGGCAAGAACACAGUCAUCGGGGUCCUGGACAUCUAUGGCUUUGAGAUAUUUGACAAUAACAGCUUUGAACAAUUCUGCAUUAAUUACUGCAAUGAAAAGCUGCAGCAGCUCUUCAUUCAGCUGGUUCUGAAGCAGGAGCAGGAGGAGUACCAGCGAGAGGGAAUUCCCUGGAAGCAUAUUGAUUAUUUCAACAACCAGGUCAUCGUGGACCUGGUGGAGCAGCAGCACAAAGGGAUCAUUGCCAUUCUGGACGAUGCCUGCAUGAACGUGGGCAAAGUCACCGAUGAGAUGUUCCUCGAGGCCCUCAACAGCAAACUGGGCAAGCACGCUCACUUCUCCAGCAGGAAGCUUUGUGCCACAGACAAAACGCUGGAGUUUGACAGAGAUUUCCGGAUCAAGCACUACGCCGGGGAUGUGAUUUACUCUGUCACUGGAUUCAUUGAUAAAAACAAGGACACUUUAUUUCAAGACUUCAAACGCCUCAUGUACAACAGCUCCAACCCUGUGUUGAAGAUGAUGUGGCCUGAGGGGAAACUGAGCAUCACUGAGGUCACCAAGAGACCUCUGACAGCAGCUACUCUGUUCAAGAACUCCAUGAUUGCCCUGGUGGACAACCUGACACUGAAGGAGCCCUACUACGUGCGCUGCAUCAAGCCCAACGACAAGAAGUCCCCUCAGCUGUUUGACGAGGAGCGCUGCCGGCACCAGGUGGAGUACCUGGGGCUGCUGGAGAACGUGCGCGUGCGGCGCGCCGGCUUCGCCUACCGCCAGAGCUACGAGAAGUUCCUGCACAGGUACAAGAUGAUCUCAGAAUUCACUUGGCCCAACCACGACCUGCCCUCAGACAAGGAGGCAGUGAGGAAGCUCAUCGAGUGCCACGGCUUCCAGCACGACGUGGCCUACGGCAAGACCAAGCUCUUCAUCCGCACGCCGCGCACGCUCUUCACCCUGGAGGAGCUGCACGCCAAGAUGCUCGUCAGGAUCGUCCUCUUCCUGCAGAAGCUGUUGCACAGAUUCCAGAUUUGGUGGAGAGCGGCCGAGCUGAUCCGGAGCGUUCCCCCAGAGGUGCUGCCCCAGCUGAGGGCCAAGGUGGCUGCCAUGGAGCUGCUCAAGGGCCACAGGGCUGACAUUGGCCUCCAGAGAGCCUGGCAGGGCAACUACAUCGCACUGAAACCAGACAGGGCCCAGAGCUCAGGCUCCUUCACCCCCGUGGCCAACGAGCUGAAGCGCAAGGACAAGUACAUGAACAUCCUCUUCUCCUGCCACGUGCGCAAGGUGAAUCGCUUUAACAAGGUGGAGGACAGGGCCAUCUUCAUCACUGACCGGCACCUGUACAAGAUGGACCCCACGAGGCAGUACAAGGUGAUGAAGACCAUCCCCCUCUACAACCUGGUGGGGCUCAGUGUCUCCAAUGGCAAGGACCAGCUGGUGGUGUUCCACACCAAGGACAACAAGGAUCUCAUCGUUUGUCUCUUCAGCAAUGACCCCUCCAACGACAGCAGGAUUGGGGAGCUCGUGGGGGUCCUGGCCAGUCACUUCAAGAGGGAGAAGCGCUCCCUGCACGUCUCUGUCACCAACCCGGUGCAGUGCAGCCUGCACGGCAGGAAAUGCACCGUGUCCGUGGAGACCAGGAUCAACCAGCCCCAGCCGGAUUUCACCAAGCACCGCUCGGGCUUUGUGCUCUGCGUGCCGGGCAAUUAGCGGCUCCUCCCUCCCCGGAGCGGGGCCGGGACCGCGCUCCUCCCGCCGGGAUCCACCGGGAGAUGCUCGGCAGCGCCCUAAAGGUGCCUAAAGCAGCCUAAAGAAGCUCAAGGUUUGGAAAACCCCAAUUCCAGGGGUUUAGAAAAGCCAAAUUCGCGCGGAAUGAAGACCUAAAAUAGCUGGUGACUUGUUCUUCACAUUACAAACCAGGCUGGAACACCAGGAGAGCGCUUCCUUUGGAAUCAGUCUGAAAAAAAAGAGUUUCUAGGUACUUCCACCGCCCCUUCUUCCCUUUCCCACGUUGAUUCCUCUGCCCCUCUCCGCUUCUCCCUUCCAUGCUCCUUCCCCUUGUGUCAGUCUUUGCAGCUUGAUGCAGCCUCCAGAGGAGGAACCAAAGAUGCCCAGCUCAGGGAGUCGGCUUCUGUCGGGCCAGAUCCCACAGAACCGGGGCCAGGCUGGGCAGGGAGGGCUCCCUCCCACACUCCACACUCCUGCAGCCCCCAAGGUUCAUGGAGACGCCUCCAGAGCUGCUGCUUUCCCUCGGGAAUUCAUCAACCCAUCGAGGCACCUUGGCUGGACAGGGGACUUGCAGUGCAGGCCUGGAUUCCUUAAUCCUGCAUUGCUUUUUUUUGCCUUAAUUACCCCUCCAAGGGCCUGGAGCAGGUGGGACCAUGUGGCCUUGCUGAAUUUUGGAUGAUCCACGUGGCUUUGUGUCUGUGCCAGCUUUGGGGUGAGCCCAGGAGCAGGAGGAGUUUGGGGGGCCAAGCUUUGCACUAUCCAGCAUGAACCUGGCACGGCCCCAGCUGCCAGCACCAGGCUCCUCUCCCUCCGUGAGUUUUCCAGCCUCUCCCCACAGUGGGCUGUGGGUUUUGGGGUGUUGGGCUCGUCCUGCCCUGCCCAGAUAACCCCAAGCUCUGUGUUGAUGGAUCUCCUCAGUGGUUCAUUCCCACUGUGCUGGGCACUGCUGUGGUUCCUGAGCAGCCCAGGCUGGUGGGAUUGUACAUUGGGAUUGGACAUUGGGAUUGUACAUUGGGAUUGGACAUUGGGAUUGGACAUUGGGAUUGUCCUGGCACUGCUGGUCAGGUCAGGAUUCCCAACCUGGAGAUGGGGGUGCUGGGGGUGACCCCACCUCGGGGUCAGCAAAGGGGAGCAGUUGUUUGAUGGAGCAUUUUGGGAAUAUGAAAGCCUGGAAGAGGCUCCUCAGGCACAAAGGUUUCCUGAAGCUGUGCCAUGGACACGGGGCCCAGGACAGGUCACUGCAGCCUUGGUGUCCCCCUGGCACCCCCGAGACCGGGGGGGACAGGGAUGUGGAGCACAAAUGAGCACGGGAGCCCCAUGGCAGUCUCCAUUCCCAUUGUCCCUGGCCUUGGACCAGCCCUGGGAGCAUCCAGCACCCCCAGCCCCUCUCAGGGGGCAGCUCUGGGAUGUCCCCUUGGGCAGGGGCUCCCCCAGACCCCCCAGCACCAGCACAGGGCCGGGAGGGGACAGCGACGGCCCCGACCCUGCCAGGCUCACAAAACACCCCGGGAUCACCCCAGGAACCUUCCAGCACCUCCUUGGACCCCAAACCAGCUCCUCUGGAGGGGCACCCCCAAUGCCAAAGGCCGGGACCCCCCCGGCCGUGUCUGUGCCUUGGGAUUUGCACUUCUCGCCUCCGGUCCGGUGCAAACGCCCCCGCCCCGGGGUGGGAUCAGCACUUUUGUCCCUCCAGGAGAAUGGGGGGAUGGAAUCGGCAUGGACAGCAAGGAAUUGCAGCUUGGGAAAUGAUCUACCAUGAGAUGGCAAUAUUGUAUGUGAUGAGAUGUGUCUUAUAAAAUAUAUUAUCUGUUCCUGCUCUGGUUUUAUAUAUAUAUAUAUAAAAUAUAUAUAUAAAUAUAUAAAAUAUAUAUAUUCUUGGUUUUCCCAUAAAUUAACUAUUUCUAAAUUGAAACUUGGAUUCUCAGCCGGGGGCGAUAAUGCAAUGAACCUUUUUUUUUUUUUUAAUAAAUCGCUGAUAUUUUAUGUGUAAAAGAGCAUUAAAAAAACCCUACUAUAAUGGACCUGGAUUUUGUUUACAUAAUUCACAUAAUAAAUAAUAAAAGAAAGCAAUUAGCUCCAUCCCACCGUGGCACUGCCCGUUCCUGAUGAUGCCCAGAGGGAUGGGAUGGAUUUCCCAGUUAUCCCAGUUAUCCCAGUAUCCCGAUUUUCCCCUCGGUGCUGCCGCUCUCCCACCACGGGGUGACCCCGGUAACGCGAUUAAAGCGGCGGCUGCGUUAAAUCUCUGUCGUCAACACAAAUCCAACCUCCGAUGGCUGCGAGCGCAGAAAAGACUCGGCCACGAGCCGCUGCCGUGUAAUGGAUGGUCAGUGCAUUUUUAUUUAAUCAGCACAGUACAAAAAUAAAUAAAAAUAAGGGGAGGGGAUUAAAUUACAGGCACACUGAGCCCCAUGACACAGUCGGUCGGGUUAUAAACCACACAUACUUACAAACACACUAUACACAUACAUACAAAAAUGAGACAAAUAUAAAUUAAUAAGUAACAAUACCCACCAAUUUGGUCAACAAAGAUCUACAGAAGAGAUUGCACUAAAAAAACGUACGUACACAUGUAUCAUUAGCAGGGUCCAAUGUACAGCCAUGAAGAGCUUCAAGUGAAAAAUCAAAAAUAAAAAUAAAUGGCACGUUAUUUCUCCCUCUUGUUCGCCAGUUUAACGCCCGAUGGACCAGAACUAAACUAGAACUGAGCACACGGAGAAAAGAGAACGAUAAAACCCAAAGAGAAGGUCUCAGUCCCCAGGCCUGAUACGGGAAUACCGGCUCGAGACUGCGGUGUCGGGGUGGUGGCGGGUCUUUGUGCAUGGGUGUAAUUUUACAGCCAUCUCUCGUUAAGGUUUUUCUUUUGAUUAUUAUUUUUUUUAUGCGUUUUUUCCUUUUUUUUUUUUUAUCCCGAAGACACAAAAUGCUCCUGUUUGCAUGCGCAAUACCACUGGAAAAGCAACAAUGACAGAAGAAAGAAGGGUUGUUUUUUUUUUCUCUUUCCCCCCCGCAGGUUUGCAGUUCGUUGGGUUUGUUCUAGAAGAAUUCAUAUAGCAGCAUGUGGCGGCUCCCCUUGCUUGCACACUCAAGUAGAUCCUUUACACAAUACUCAUGACCAGUGCACGAUGGGAACAAGACAUUUCACAUUGAUCUCAUGAACAGUAGCGGUGAUUCCCGUCACCCGGACCCGCUCGGGAAUUCGAGUCUCUUCAAAGAAAAUAAAUAAAGGGGAGGGGGAGAUGAGGGAGGAAAGGGGGAUGGGGGGGUCCCCGGGCCGUGCCCGCGUCUCUGUCCCGGUGAGUCCCGACCGGGCCGGUUCAGCCGCCUGCGCUGGAGCCUUUACAGGAAUUAUUCUCCUUUUUUUUUUUAAUUUUUUCCCCCUACCUGGGCUCUGUCUCGGUGAUGCGGUGACCGGCGGAGCCCCGCUCCGCUCCCGGGGGAUAUCGGCUGGGGAAGGGA